AUGUUCCGCUGACAUCACUGUUCAAACCAGUCUAUAAAAGCCCCUUUGGAGUGUUUGCUGUCAGAAAUGAAAAUUCAGUAGCUCUAUUCCCAUUGCAGCCUGUGCUCUCCCUGUCAUCAUGAAGGUUUCCUUCUCCCUUUGCAUCCUCUUGGCUUUCAUAGAUGCAGGGAGCUCUCUUCAGUGUGAGGUUUGCCAUGAUAUAGGGGAGAGCUGUUCCGGCCCCAUGGAAACCUGUGAUAGUGGCAAAGAUACCAGUGGCAUCAUAAAGCAUGAAGCUGUACAAGGUUUUGUGCCACUGAUGAACACCGUUCUCAAUGGCUUGUAGUGUCCAGCAUGCUAAGCUGAGGAUUCUUACCAGAGUAGUGAAAACACUGUGAGUUGUACCGGAGUCCAGACCCAGUGUUUUGAUAUAGCUGGGGAAAUAACCAUUGGUAACUUAUUUUUACCUGGUCAGCCCGUCAAGGAAGGAGAACAGAAACUGACAUUCUCAGCAGAAAACGAAGGGGAGCUUUUCACUGUUCUGUAUUACACCAUAGCUGAGGAUCUGAGCCCUGUAUAA